AUGGCUCCCUCGAAGGACCGCAUCUGCUACUUCUACGACUCGGAUGUGGGCACGAGCUACUACGGGAACAACCACCCGAUGAAGCCGCACCGACUCGCGAUGACCCACCAUCUGGUGCUGUCCUAUGACCUGCACCGGCGGAUGGAGGUGUACCGCCCUCGGCGCUCCUACCCGGUCGAGAUGACCCAGUACCACGCCGAGGAUUACGUCGAGUUCCUUUCGCGCAUCACGCCGGACACCGCGAGUGAGCACAUGCAGAGCAUGCAGCGGUUCAACCUCGGCGAGGAUUGCCCGAUCUUCGACGGGCUCUUCGACUUUUGCAAGCUGUACACCGGCGGGAGCAUCGACGGCGCCGUGCGCCUGAACCACGGGAUGAGCGACAUCGCGAUCAACUGGAGCGGCGGGUUGCACCACGCGAAGAAGGCGGAGGCUUCGGGGUUCUGCUACAUCAACGAUCUCGUCCUCGCGAUCCUCGAGCUCCUCAAGCAUCACGCCCGAGUCGUGUACAUAGACAUCGACAUUCACCACGGAGACGGAGUGGAGGAAGCCUUCUACAUGACCGACAGGGUCAUGUGCGUCUCGUUCCACAAGUACGGCGACUUGUUCUUCCCGGGAACCGGCGGCUUGAACGACAUAGGCAAGAACGCGGGCAAGUACUACUCCGUCAACGUGCCGCUGAGGGACGGCAUCCACGACGACGGGUUUCAGGACAUCUUCCAGACGGUGAUGCAGAAGGUCAUGGACGUGUACAGGCCGGGCGCGAUCGUGCUGCAGUGCGGCGCGGACUCGUUGGCCGCGGAUAGGCUCGGGUGCUUCAACCUGUCCCUGGACGGCCACGCCGACUGCGUCAAGUUCAUGAAGAAGUUUGGCGUGCCGCUGCUCGUCACCGGGGGUGGCGGAUACACGAAAUCCAACGUGAGCCGGUGCUGGACCAACGAGACGGCUGUGCUGUUGGACCGCAAGCUGCCCAAGGACAUCCCGGAGCACGACUUCUACUACGAGUACUACGCGGACCAGGACUACAAGCUCAAGGUUGAGCCCACGAACUACAUCGAGAAUCUGAACAACAAGACGUAUGUGCACGAGGUGAAGAAGGAGGUUAUGGAGAAUUUGCGAGCCAUCGAGCACGCGCCCGGGGUGGCGAUGCACGAGGUGCCGCCGGACUCGAUGAUACCGGAGUUCGACGAGGACGAUUUGAACUACGACGAGAGGUACGGGGGGCAGUUCGGUCUCGACAAGAUCGUCGACAGGGACGACGAGUACUACGACGGGGACAAGGACCAAGAUCGCUGA